GCACCCAAUUUGCCGACGGUCCAAUUUAUCUGCAGUUGAAGAAAUCUGACCAUCGAUUAGGAAGGCUGUCCAAAUUCAAUUGAUGAUCACACUCUACCGAUUGGGCUUAGGGCUGCGUUUCCAGUGGGCAGCGCGACAGGGAUGGAAUCGCUACUGCCAUACAAACAUGCCCAGGCCAGAGGGGAUCUUUGAAGGAGGUCACCAGGGACGGACGGGGAGCUUGUGGUCGCAGAUUAUUCCAUGUAAAUUUGACGAGGAAAUGGGGUAUGACAUCAAGUCUAGCCUCAACUUUGUUGUUAAAUAUCAUAAGAAAGAGAUUUCGGCGGGCAACCUCAUGAGGAUCCUGAACAGACUUCGUAAUGACGGGCGGUUCUCUUUAGCUCUAAAGAUUUUUGAAUGGAUGGGGGAGAGGGGUAUUUAUGAGUUCUCACCUAAGGACCAUGCUUUCCAGAUCAAGUUGAUUGGUAGCGUUCAGGGAUUGACUGCCGCGGAGCGCUAUGCCUGGAACUUGCCAGAACAAGCUAGGAAUGACAUGACAUAUGGAGAACUUCUUCAUUGUUAUGUGCAUAAAGACAGAAGGGGAAAGGCUUUAUUUCAUUUUCAGAAGAUGAAAGAGUUGGGUUUUCUGUCGUCACCUCGCCCAUUCAAUGAAAUCAUGCACCUUUAUGCCAAAAGUCUCCAAGUUGAGAAGGUCCUUGAGGUGUUAGCCGAGAUGAAGAAGAGCGGGGUUUCACCCGAUAAUGAUAGUUACAGAAUCUGCAUUAGUUCAUUUGGGUUAAACUAUGAUGUGGAUGGGAUGGAGAGAAUGCUGAGAGAAAUGGAGAGUCAGCCCCACAUUGUCAUGGACUGGUGUACUUACGCCGUGGUAGCCGACUUCUAUGAUAGAGAAUUCCUUGUAGAUAAGGCCACCGAUGCUCUUGAAAAGGCUAGGGUGAUAUUACAAAAGAAUAAGAAUAAGAAUAAGAAUAAGAAUAAGAAUGAUGAUGAUGGUGGUGGUGGUGAUGAUGAUGAUGAUGAUGAUGAUCGAAGCCACAAUUUGAUAAAUAGUGAUUAUGAGAAUGUGAUAAAGUCUCUGGUGAAGCUUGGCGAGUUUGGUGAGGCUAUGAGGUUUGCUACGGAGUGGGAAUCGCUGGGUAAUUGGUGCACUGUGGGUGAUAUCAGUAUUCCUUGCACAAUCAUUGAGGAGUACAUAAAAAAUGGUUCUGAAUCUUCACUAAGGGCAGCUUACAGAAUGAUUUGGGAGUGGGAAAGGAAGGGGAGGGCCGGCAUCGACAGACUUUCACUUUUACUCUGCAACGGAUUGCUUAAAGCGGGCGAUCUCUUUGAUGCAUAUUCAGGCUUUCAGGGAAAGGGUGCGAUUGUGUAUGGACCUCUAGUGCUUCAGAGGUCGUUUGUCCAAUACCUGGAAGAAGAGUGUGGAUCAUUUUUCCCAUUAUGCCCCUCCAGCAGUGGAAGGUCAUUGUGCUGCUGCGCGGUGUCAUCACUCAGAACUGCUGGAGGCAAAACAUUCUUUGAACUCGUUCCAAUCAACGCGAAAUACACACUCACAGCUGCUGUACUGGUACACCCCCCCACCACCCAAGCAGCAGCAGCAGCAGCAGCAGAAGAAGAAGCAGUAAAAAAUAUGGAUUAUUAUGAGGGUGUAAUAAAAUCACUAGUGGAGUCUGGGGAGUUUGAUGAGGCUAGGAAGAUGGCAAUGGAGUGGGAAGCAUCUUCUGGCAACAUGACCAGUAGUCUCCAUCUCCAUGGUUGUUUGAACUUUUCCAAGCUGAUCAUCGACGGAUACUGCAAGAAGAAUCGCUUUGUGGAAGCAGAGGGAAUGACCGAAGCUUGGACAAGGGAAAAAAAGCCUUGGGUAAGAGGGAUUUGGUUGAUACUUGCUUGCCAUUACCAGGAAGAGGGUAAAUUGGUAAGAGGAUUCGAGUGCAUGCUGAGAUUUGUUAGUUUAACACCAUGGCUCAAAAGGUAUAGAGACUUUGUGAUGUUUGAGAUGUAUGUGUAUAUGAUUGAAUAUUCGAGGGGCAUGAAUGCUGCAGGGCUGUCUGAGUAUCGCAUGCGCUCCCAAAAUUUGUUUCAACUGAAUGAUUUAUUAUGUUGCACCCAAGAAGAAGAAGAAGAAGAAGAAGAAGAAGAAUUAGUUGGAGCCCUCCACACCUAGGACUUGUUUUCCUCGACUUUUCUAAUUACUCCUCUCAUUUGAUUCGGUUCAAUUCUCAUUUUUAAUUCUAUUUAAACUGUGUUUCUUAUCUGAUUCUAAUAAAAUUAAGUAGUAAGUUGGAGAGAGCAGUCUUUUAUUUUAUUUACUCCCUCCGUCCCUAAAUAUUUGUCACACUUUUAUUACCGAGGUAAAAUAUCAAGUUUUCUCAAUUCAUUUUAUUUACAUAUUAGUAUAGAAAUAAAAAAAAUAAAAUUUACAUACCAAAAAACUACAUGAAAAGUAUCAAGAAUAUUUUAUUUUAUCAAAUAACUAAUGAAAACGUAGAAAUAAAUAAAAUUUCUCACGAUUA